CUCCUUCUUUACAGCAAUCGGAAAAAGCAGCGAUAGAGCGGAGAGCUCUUCGUGCGCUUUCUUUCCCUCCUUUCCGUCUUAUUUGUGAUCCGUACGGUUAGAGAACUCGAGCUAUGUCCGCCAACAGGAACCUCAAGCAAGUGAGGAUUGAAAACAGUUCUCCGGCGUCGGCUCCUCCGAUGAGCAUGGUGGGCGGCGGCCCUAUGAAGGGACUGCGGGGUUUGGAGCAGCCGUCCGAGAACGAAGCUUUGGCCGCCGCUAGAGCGAUGGUGAAGAAGGAAGAGGAGGAAAACAACAGAGGCUUUACCGUCGACAUUAAGAGCUUCCUCAAGCCUGGCGAGAAGAGCUAUACGCAAAGGUGUCGCCUCUUCGUCGGGAACCUCCCCACCGACAUCACCGAAGAGGAUUUCAAACGCCUUUUUGAGCGCUACGGGGAGCCCAGCGAGGUCUUCAUUAACCGCGACCGUGGUUUCGGCUUCAUUCGCCUGGAGUCCAGGACCUUGGCUGAAAUAGCAAAAGCAGAACUUGAUGGAACCAUUUUAAAAAGCAGGCCACUCCGAAUUCGAUUUGCCACCCAUGGAGCUGCUUUAACAGUUAAGAAUCUUUCACCAGUUGUUUCCAAUGAGCUUUUGGAACAAGCUUUCUCUCAAUUUGGGCCUGUGGAAAGAGCGGUUGUUGUCGUAGAUGAUCGUGGUAGAGCAACAGGCAAAGGUUUUGUGGAAUUUGCUGCGAAACCUCCAGCGCGUAAAGCUCUAGAAAGAUGUGGUGAUGGUGCAUUCUUGCUUACAACAACACCUAGACCUGUUCUUGUUGAACCUAUGGAACAAUUUGAUAAUGAAGAUGGCUUGCCUGAGAAAUUAAUGCAAAAAACACAACAGUAUCAUAAGGAAAGAGAACAGCCUCCACGUUUUGCCCAACCUGGAACAUUUGAAUUUGAAUAUGCUUCACGAUGGAAAGCUCUUGAUGAAAUGGAAAAACAACAGCGGGAACAAGUUGAUAGAAAUAUUAGAGAAGCUAAGGAGAAGCUAGAGGCAGAAAUGGAAGCAGCUCGACAUGAGCAUCAGUUAAUGUUGAUGAGACAAGAUCUUAUGAGGCGUCAGGAAGAAUUGAGACGUUUAGAAGAACUUCGAAACCAGGAACUACAGAAAAGAAAGCAGAUACAAUUAAGGCAUGAAGAAGAACAUAGGAGACGUGAAGAAGAGAUGCUGCGCCAGAGAGAACAGGAGGAACUGAGGAGACAGCAAGAAGGUUUCAAGCCGAAUUUUAUGGAUACUAGAGAACAGGAAAUGAGAAUGGGUGAUAUGGGUCCUCGUGGAGCAUUAAACAUGGGAGAUGCCUUUAGCCCAGCACCUGCUGGAAACCAAGGUCCUCCUCCUCCACCUCCAAUGAUGAGUAUGAAUAUGAACAACAGAGGGACAAUGCCUGGCCCUGCAAUGGGUCCAGGUCCUUCGUUGGGGCCAGAAGGAGCUACAAACAUUGGAACCCCAAUGAUGCCAGAUAAUGGAACCGUGCAUUCUGAGAGAUUUCCUCAAGGAGGCCCACCACAAAUGGGUUCACCUAUGGUUAAUAGGCCAGGCUCUGAAACUCCUCAACCAGCUAUGGGUGGUGUAGGUGCCGUCAAUAGUGGACCAAGUGGCUUUGGUAGAGGAAAUCCUGGGGGCAGCUUUGAAGGACCUAACAAGCGUCGCAGAUAUUAAAACAUUCAUUUUUGUAUUCUUGUGAAAUUGAAUGAAUGACUAUCUGGUGUUAUACCUAUAAUUUCAACUGUUACUUUUGAAUGGUUUUACUGUUAAUAUAGACAUUAACCUUUUUUGUAAACUAUAGACAUUUUUUUGUAUUUAGUCAUAGGCUUAGGAUAGUGUAGAAAUAAUGCACUUCAUUUUGUACAUCAGUUAUUUGUGACUGCCACAAAAUACAAUGUGACCGUGCUGUGAAACUUGUGAGUUACAUGCUUAUAAUAAAAUAAACAGUUUAAAUGAUUUUGAAACACUGCUCUGCAUACUAUCUUUAAAUUUAAUUGUAAGUAUCCGUAAUUAUUUUUCUUUGAUAAUGCCUAUCUUUUGGAGAGAAAAAAUCUGCUUUAUCCAUUGUAAUUGUAUGACAAUAAAAAUGCAGCUUGCAAUACAUAGAAAACGUUGAGGCUAAUGCAGCUUUAGAAAAUAUGAAACUAUUAGCCAAUAUAAAUUUGUGUUUUUUUAAUCAAAUAUGUUAUUUUUCAACAACAUGUAUAAACCUCUUUGCAAUGGGAUUGUCAUCGUAAUGUAAUCCUGUGUUCAAGUUUCAAAUAAACAUUUUGAGCCUUGAAAACCUACAAGUAGUGAAUAUUCACCUCUGAUCUUAACUAGAUUAUGAAUGGAAAUAAUUUUGAAGGAAACAAAUUUCCGUUCACUUAAUGGAUCAUUACUGCUAUUUGCAUUUUUGCUUCCUCUAUAGCGGAUUUAUAAAAUACAUUCAAAG